CAUGUGCAACUUGAGCAUGGUGAUAGUUUUCCUUCAGACGGAGUUACCUGUAAUUUUGGGCAAAGGGUGAUUUUGCAAAUAAAUAAUAAAUAAUGCAAUUGAUGUGAAUGGGUUGAUUAGGGAUAUCUUUACAUAUAUGACAUGGUUAGAAAGAAAAACAAUGGCUAAUGGUAGAGAAAAAGCAUCAGUUUUGUAGUAAUCAUUGAAUGUACUCAAAGUAGUAUGCAUACUUAUGUGUAUAUAUUUUAGGAACAUUAUGGUUGUUAAAAAAUCUAAUUAUUUUGAAACAAUUCUUUUGUAUGUAACAUAUCGUAUUCCGAUAUUCAUGGGACACCUCCAAUCACCAAAUACUAAAACAUAUAUUUCUUGGCUAAAAAAAGAAGACCAAGUCAUCUAUAUGUAGGGCCAAAAACACAUCCAAGUGUUGAUCGUACAACCUUUUGCCCCAUCUUGAUACCUAUUUGUUAUGUACCCGUUCAAUGUCUUUUCUAUAUCCACAUUCUGCAAAAGUUUUUUGAGAAAUCUAGAGGGAAUAAAUUAGAUAUUUGUGAAGUGAUAGUAGAUUAGGCAAAACACAAACAAGAUGAGCCAGGAACAACCUUUGAAACCCCAACUCGAGGAAGAAGUCCAGGAAUCUCGUGAUAAGGUCCCCUCCCAGGUUCAAGAACAUAAGCAUCUUGAAGAAACUAGCGAUGAAGGCCAGGUUGGCAGGCAAAACAAUCAGCAAGCAUCAUCACCAGCAGCAGCUUCAGAACAAACGUUUGAACGAGGGAACAUCACCAUAGGAGAAGCAUUGGAAGCCACAGCUCUAACAGCAGGAAGUAGACCGGUUGAUUACAGUGAUGCUGCUGCUAUACAAGCAGCAGAGGUGAGGGCAACUGGACGGACCAACAUUGUACCUGGUGGCGUCGCUGCAGCUGCUCAAUCAGCUGCAACUCGAAAUGCUAGGCUCACGCGAGAUGAUGAAAAAACCAAGUUGAGCGAGAUUCUAGCGGAUGCAACUUCAAAACUACCAGCAGACAAGCCGGUGACACGUAGAGAUGCAGAGGGUGUCAUUGGAGCAGAGUUGAGAAACGAUCCAAACCUGACCACUCGUCCUGGCGGCGUGGCAGCAUCACUAGCUGCCGCCGCAAGGAUAAACCAAGGUAACCAGAACAUACAAAACAAGGAAUGAAUAUUACUAUAAUACAAUAACUGUUAGUGCCAUUUUUACUCUUUCUAAUAACAAUUAAAGUUACAUGUAUUUUCAUAUUUGUGUAUUGAACUUCAAUGUAUAUAGUACUUUAUAUAAAU